AUGCGUCGCCUUAGCAGUAUGUCUGCUCUGAGAGCUGUUGCCAAUGUGGCUGAUGUGCCUCUCAAACGCAAGCUCCGGAAUGACUAUGCCAAGCUUAGGGCCAGAGGCCACUUGCGAAAUUUCACACGAUUUGCUUCGGCUGAUACAAGAGCCGCGAGUGUUUGUCAAUCGAUGAUCAACAACUCGCCAACCCACACCACUGGUGGCGGGAAACGGCCUCGGUCUCAAGAUGACCUUGGCCACGAUGUUCAAAAAGAUCCAAAGCAUAAGUUCAACCUUGCCGUAGGGGUACCUCGUAUGCCCAUGUGUUCUCAGACUCAGAGUACCCACGCCACUUUACCAGAUACUGGUAUUGGCCAUAAAGACGACGUUGUUUCAGUAGUCUCCGGAUCAGAAACUGAAGACACCCAUGCCUAUCGACCAGCGUCGGUCGUGGCCGGUGUUCCGGUGGCAGUCCACGCGAAAUUGGUUCUCCAAGUGAAGGGUCUUCAAGAGACCCUGAAGAAGACCUAUUGCAUGCUUGAUGCGAUGCAGAGCCGCCUUCAGGCUAUGGAGCGAGCUCAAACUUAG